AGCAUGUGACAUCCAACCUUAGAUUUUCCUUCACUCCACUCCACCCUCUCACCCACCCCCUUGCUUUGAUCUACAUCUCAAGCUCCACCCAUGGGGGGGCCUUCGACAUCGUGUAGCUCGCCAUUCGGAUACUGAAAACCCUCACUGAGCUCUAUUUCGUUGACCUCAUUCUCCUCAUCUUUGUCUUCUUUCAUGAAUGAUGAGAUUGUUGAGGAGUUGAACGAGGCUGCGAGAUCUGGGGAAGUGGAUAGUAUCUCUGUUACCGUGAGGUUUCGGCCAUUGAGUGAAGGGGAGUUCCAGCAAGGGGAUAAUAUUGCGUGGUAUGCUGAUGGUGAUAAGGUGGUGCGGAAUGAGUAUAAUCCUGCCACAACUUAUGCUGUUAGAUGGCCAAAAUUUUGUUUCUGCUCAAGCAAUCCAAUGCUGAAAUUUCUAAGAGGUUCUCCAAUCAUACUGAAGAUUAUUAUUGUUCAAGUUCUUGACCGAUCCAAUCCAUCCCAAAACUCGAUUGCUGUUGUCUUGUUGCUGUCGAUUCCCAGCUGUUAACUCACAGAAUACGCUCGACUGAGCUUGUGAAGCAUGAACUGUGGACAUACCGGAAGUCCUUCGAGGGAAAUUGAUGAGGCUAGUUGUACAAAAUGAAGAGACAGAUGGGUGCAAUAUACAGAGGCAAUAUUUCUUUCAAAUAGUUACGAGCAUUCCAAAAUGAAGAGAUAUAUUUGAAGAAUCUGAAGUGCUCGGUGCUCUUUGAUCAUAUGAUUAAAUCUCUGAUUAAUCAGAACAUUAAAAUAGUGAGGAAGAAAGAAGAAGAAAAUUCUCACCAAUUGGUCCGGAGCCAGUCAUUUUGCUGUAGUCGAUGAGAUCAUUCAUACAAUUUACUACCUCUGAUAUCUGCAAGACAAGUCAACAAUGGAGUUUAUUCAAACCCUAAUUAUAUAAGUUUCUAGAUAUGCUUAAAUUUAAAGACCAUACAACACAUUUUAUGUCGAUUAAAUAAGACAAUUUCUUAAGGCUCAUAAGCCAGCUGUCUAUGAUAUAAACUAGCGAAAACAGAACACAACCUACCUGAAGGCA